UCGUUUUGUCAGUUUUGUGUGUGACAUGUGACAUAUUCGUGUCAACACAUAACGACUACGACAUAACCUGAAUUUCUGCAUUGCAUCUCUUUAAAGUGGUUUUGAUCUUUUGAAAUUCCAUGAAAAGAGACAACCAAACAGCAAAAAUAAUAGAUCAAAAAAUAUAGCACAAUAAUGAACCCGGUCAAAUGUAGAAGUAUUGUUCUGCAAGGUAGUAUUCAAGCGACGAGGAUAUUGCAAGUAUGCGGUUUUAAACAUUACCCACCACCAAUAAAAUAUGAUCAUGUGGAAUUUCCUGAAAGACCCAGGCUAAAGUUUGUUGACAGACAGCCACAACUUCCGCCAAACAUUAAAGCUCCAAAGAUGCAGAAAAAGUUACGUUUGAUGAGAGGACCAGAACAUAUCCACAACUUUCUGCUACACAAACAGUAUGGAAUAAUGGCCUUAGGUGGAGGUAGGCUCAAAUGGGGUCAUUUUGAAAUGUUGAGGCUCACCAUUGGUAGAAAAAUGGACAAAGAUAGAAUGUUUGCAAUAUGGAGGGUGGACAAUCCUUGGUUCCCUGUUACAAAAAAAGGGCAAGGUCAAAGAAUGGGUGGUGGAAAAGGAGCUAUUGAUCAUUAUGUCACUCCAGUAAAAGCAGGCAAAAUCAUAUUGGAAUUAGGAGGCAAAUGUGAGUUUUUAGAAGUAAAGGAUUUCCUCACAGAUUGUGCUAAUAAGUUGCCAUUUAAGGCAGUUGCUGUAUCGCAAGAAAUGUUAGAUAAACAGAAAGCAGAUGAAAAAUGGAGGGAGGAAAACAAUCAGAAUCCUUAUACAAUGAAAUACUUGAUUCAAAACAAUAUGGGUGGAUGCCAAAGAUGGAUUUCACCUCUUGAUUUUAAGUAUUUUUGUAAAUAUGUAUAAUUGUUAAUAAAACUUUAGAAUUUUUCUAUUAAUGUGAAAUAGUAGAGUGAUAGCCCAAAUACGGAACUGUUGAUAACUUUUAUAACCCAUAAGUAACAAAAGGAACAGAAUACAAAAUGUGUUUUCAUCCAUACACAAAAGUAAUAGAACAAUUAUUGAAAUGACCAUAAAUUCAACAUAAUAAAAAACGUUUUUCAUAAAACUUACUAUAGAUUCUGAAUAAGAGACCUGCAAGUGAUUAUACAGGGUGACUUCGAAGUUGAGUCAUUUAUUUUAACAGUGAGUAGAUCUGAUCAAAAGAAAUGUUUUUUUCCUUUACCAUUUUUCUGGUAAAAUUAAAGUAACAAAGUUAUAGCCCUUUGGAAGUUUGAGUACCGCCCUGUCUCAAUAAUAAUAUCAUGUACUCGUGUUUGGCAACAACGGAUAUAAUCCGCCUUACCGGUUCAUCGCAUCGGAAACAAAAAAGCGAAAGAAUUUGGAACGACGUUUUUGCAAUUAAGUGUUUUAUUCAGUUCAGUUAUACAUACAGUCAGUAUCUGUCGGUUAGCGUGUGAAUAGUUUCUGUUGCGUGGCUCAAACGAAAUAAAAAAUGGCACAUGUUUAUGCGGAUCGGUUUCCCAAUCGAGUGCAACCAACCCCUCGUGCCUUUGUUAGUGUAGUACAACGGGCUCGUGAAUCAGGUGACUUAAGACCUCACAGGGGACCUCACGAUCAAAUACAGGUCCGCACUGAAAUACUUGUCGGGAGGAUACUUUAUAAAACAAGGUAAAUUUUUUUUUUAUUUUUACACACAUAUUCUGGUUUAUCUUCCUUCUACAAUCAUUAUCUGAAAAUUAAUGACUCAACUUCAAAGUCACCCUGUAUACACAUAUGCUGCCUGAUACAUGAAGCAGUUUUUCAAAGAAAUUUGUGCUGUAUGUUCCUAUAGACUACACUUUUUUAUAUUUACAUUAUGUAUAUCCUCUCUCUUUGAAUUAUAUGUUCCUGUAUCAAACUUAAUGACCUUAAAUAAAAGGUGAAAAAAGCAGGAUUGCUCUGUUGUCAGAAUUGAGUGAUGUGGCUCUUUUAUUAAGUUUAAAUAAAUAUUGAAGACACGCAUUUUAUAUUUCCUGGAUAAGAUGUUUGUUAUCCUGUGUUAAAUGUCGGUAGUAUAUCCUCCUCGGACCCAAGAGCCAGAUAACUGGGACUUAUUAGCAAAAAUAGUGAUUUUGGGUUCUAAUGGACCUAGUAAGGCACAAACGAAGCAAAUUUUUUGAAACAAAAAUAGAUUUUUGGUUUUAUGCCAGGUAUCAUCUAUGAUACCUUGGAUCUCCAUCUACACAAAAAAUAUAUUAAAGAAAUGAUAAGUUAAAAAAGUAAAUUUAUUAAUUCAAUGUUACAAAGCAAAUUUAUAUCAUAGAACUGCAAAUUUACUUAUGAAAUAGUAAAAAACAAUUUCUAUUUACACUGCAGCAUAGAAAAACAUUACAAGCGGUACACCUGGUAAAAGUUAACAUCUUGCAUCCUGCUAAACGACAUUUUGACCUGCUUUUUUGCUUAUCAUUCAUAAAUUCAGGCAAAUGUAAUGCGCUUUCUCGUCUAAAUCCUCUUGCAGGUAGUGCUUCAACUAGCCUAGGCUUUUUAAUUUCAACAGCUUCUUCAUCUUCUGAUGUUUCAUUUUCUUUAUCUUCCAAAUUGUAAAGAAGUGCUUGUGCAAUAGCAAAUUUAAAAUCCAUGUAAUCCAUGAUCUGUUUUUUCUCAAGACGUGCUAAAGAGGCAUCUUCACGAUAUUCCAACCAAGAAGCAGCAGCAGCAAAAUCAAAAAAAUGAUAAAUGAAACGUAUUGUCCAUUUUUUUGUCCUUGACCUCAUACAAUAUUUUCCGAUGACCCGAUCAAGUAAGUCAACUCCACCCAUGAAUGCGUUAUAUUCCUUAAUAACGUUUGGCUGUGGAAUCUGUAUGUAUUUAUUGUCAGAUUUUGACCACCUUUUGCAUUCUCCUAGAGGCUCAGAACCACACUUAGAUGACGCCAUUUGCACUGGCCUAGAGUCAAACCAUUUUACUAGGACCAUCUUCUCGUCUUGUCUUACUAAUUGAUCCGAUGAGCCCCUGCCUCGUUUCUUUAGAAUGCUGUCCGAUUCGAAUUUCGCCUCUUUAGGAACUCUAUUAGACAUUAGAGUACCAGUAACAGUCAAGGAUCUUGAUAACAUACAAUCUACCAAAGGUAUAGAUGUAAAAAACCUAUCCGUAAAAACUGAAACUCCCUUUGGUAGUGUAUCGGCCAGUUUUAAAACAUAUCUCCCUCCGACGUUAAGCUUUUCUGGCGUGUCUACAAGUAUGGAAUCUACUGAAGUACCCUUCCCUUCGUACAUUAAAAUAUCUAAAGGUAUUCCAUGUGGUGUUGUCAUAACAAAAGCUUUGAGGCCUACCGGAUUUGGCUUACCUCUUACGAAUUGUCUCAUUUUAACUUGUCCAUGAAAAGGUAUCAUCUGUUCGUCUAUUGACACAUUUUCUGUUCUGAUAUUUGAACGACAACCUCGUUGAAUUUUCUCUAGCAUAGGCUUUACCUUCCAAAACCUAUCUAGAUCCCUUGCUUCUUUACUGACCAUGUCAUCAUCAACAAGCUUCAGGCGCGAUCUCAGAACGAAGAACCUAUUCCGAGACAUUUUUUCAGAAAUUAUGGGUACUCUAGUUUGUACACCCCAGUACAUUUUAAUGCGUGGUAGAUUGUAGAUGCCCAUCAGCAUAGAACAUCCAAAAAACCUUUUGAUCUCUGCAGAAGAAGUUCCUAAAGAUUUUCCGGUAGUUUUCACUUCUCUAAUAUUGCUGAAAUGUGCAAUAUUUUCAAAAAAAUCGUCGUCAAGAUAUUUGCAAAAAUAUUGCAUUGGUUCUUUGACGCUUCUGUUUAUUUCUUCUUGAACAAACUCUCUCACUACUGAUGGAUAAAAUUCUUCUUUAUGUCUAUACCUACAACGAUCACUAAUUCUCUUUACAAUGUUUAUCAAGGGUUCUUCAUCGGAAGUAUCGAAAUUGUCAUCCUGUGGUGUUACGUCAGGCUGUUGAAAAAACUCCUCCUGCUCCUCACCCGAUUCGCCGAUAUCAAUGUUAUCAUCUAUAUCCGAGUCAUUCAAAUCCAUAUUGUCUGCUAAUUCCUGCAGUUCGGCAGCAGUAAGGGGCCCUAAAAAUGGUAUUCAAUAAAUACAAAAUAAAUAAAUUUAUUUUGUGUUAUUAGCUUAUUUUGUAACUAUUAAGACUCAAGGUAUCACCUACGAUACCUAACCUAAAAUACGCGCUGCAAAUGUUAUUUACAUUUUAUUUUAAAUUCAGAACAUGAUAAAUAAUUCACUCACAUAUUUUUGUCAUCUACAACGGAAAAAUAAUAAUUUUAAUUGAUCUACUUACUUGUGUUUUCGUUAAACGCCAUUCUGGUACACAAAGCACGUGCUACUGCGACAUUCACUUGCUCGCUUUACAAAGCAAAUAACCAGAAUUCAAGUUACAGCCUGCAAACUGGACUCGCGCGAGUGUAUCGUAUAUGAUACGCUCGGAACUGAUCGCGACUUAAAACUAUUUGGAUAAAUAUGCAGCAAAUAACUGAGGUAUCACCAGUGAUACCCAGGAACCGAGGAGG